UUCUGUCGCGAGAUUUGGUAUCUGGCGCGAAUUAAGGAGGAAUUGUAAACACGGCGUAUAUAGGCUGUCGUUGAUCAAUCAGGCACUGAAACGCUUACAUUUUAUAAUCUUUGUCCGAGUUUUUCGAAACUUACUUUGUCCGAUAAUAUUUUGGGUUCGGAAAAUAUGUCGGACGGUUUGCUUGAAGACGGCAGCGACAUCAACCAAGAAGAUGACAGUCAUGAGGAUGUUAUGACUCCCGCGGAGCUGAUCGCAAAACUAGAAGAAGCUUGGCUCAAUGAGAAGUUUUCCCCGGAGCUCCUGGAGAACAAGUCCGAAGUGGUUGAGUGUGUGAUGGAGCAGCUUACUCACAUGGAAGCUAACUUGCAGCGUGUGAAAAAAGGAGACGCCAAAGCCAGCAUCCACCGCAUGGAGAUUGAUAGGAUUCGUUAUGUACUCAGCAGCUACUUGCGUUCUCGUUUGCAGAAGAUUGAAAAGUACUUUCCACACGUCCUGGAGAAAGAAAAGUCUCGAGAAAUGGGUGACUCAUCAUUGCUCUCACCGGAAGAGUUUGCCUUUGCCAAAGAAUACUAUGCAAAUACAGAGACAUAUCUGAAAGCAGUGGCAUUAAAGCGUAUGCCUCCUAAUCUGCAGACAAUAGACAUGCUUAAAGCAGUCCCCGAGCCUUGUUUGGACUCCUUUGUGUUUUUGAGAGUAAAAGAGAGACAAGAAAACAUCUUGGUGGAACCUGAAACCGAUGACCAGAGAGAGUAUGUUGUGGAUCUUGAAGAGGGCUCUCAACAUCUAAUGCGAUACCGAACCAUAGCACCACUCGUCUCAACUGGAGCUGUGCAGUUAAUUUAGCUGCAGGUGUUCAUGGUUUUGAAUUCCAUGAGAUAGGAAAAGUCAUCUAUUUCUGAACCAUCAGUCAUAAUGAAGAAGGACAUGUCCCGUCACAGCUGACAGGAUUAUGUGCCACUGUGUGACAGCUGUGAUGACGCGUGCAAAAUGGCAACUACUCUUAAAAUGAUGAUAAAGUUAUGCAAUUUAUGCUGAUGAGCUGUGUAUUCAGCCUUCUUUACUGUGUCCCUAACUGGAUGACUGAGCACUUGGCAACACUGGACUCAAGAAUAUGUGCACGUGAGGAUGUGCAUUUACUUAUUUUGUGCUAAAUAACAAUUGUAUUUUCUUUUUAAAUGUACAUUUUUCACACUGUUUGUAAUUAUUAUUCACAUUUGUCAGUUUGAUGUAGUUUCUAAGGCAACAUCUCUCAGCCAUAAUUGUUCGUAACGGCAGUAUUAUAUAAGAAUUUUAAAGUGAAUAAUAGUUCUUGCCUGUUUUUGUCAGUCUCACAUUGACACAUUAAUUUGGAAAUAAUAUGGCCUGAAUCCCUAACCCUUGUUAUUGUGGCAGCUAAACUGUAGCUAACAUACAUUAUUACAUUAUAAGUAGCACUGUGCAGACAAAAGCACUUCCAUAACAACUAGUAGAAUUGGGCAUAAUGUUACCAGUUGCAGGCACACUUAACUGCCAGUGUACUAAGAUUUGACAUCAGUACUCAAAACGUCAUCUGUUGUUGCAUGCAGUUGUAUUAUCUAGACCAGACCUUGGCAUUGUACAGCUCUCAGGCCACAUACGCACUUUGACGCUGACCUUUCCAUGUAGGCUAAUUUGGAAUUACAAAAUAAACAUAUUUUAUAGUUUUACCUCA